AUGAUAUUGGAAGAGCAAAGAUUCCUCCAUGAGGACCUCGAAAGGCUAGAGCAAGGUAUCAGUGAUCGUGUUGCCGAAGAACCACGACAUAAUCGCGAGAGAUUGAAUCGAGACCAUCAAGUAGCGUACUUUCUAGAUCGAAUUCAGGAUCAAUCAAAAAGAUUGAUAGAAAUAUACAGAGAUGAAGACGGCGCCCGAGCAAAAGAAAUCCAGUCUAUAUCAACUGGUGAGCCUUUUGAGGAGUUCUACAAGCAGCUUGGGGAAAUCAAGUCUUUUCAUCAAAGAUACCCAAAUGAGCCAGUUGAGAACUUAGAGAAGGCAUACAAAAAGAAGGUAUUUGCUGAAGGAGAAAUCCCGUCUUAUGAAAUUGAUAAGUUAUUUACCGGGGAAGAAUCAUUUGGUAAAUUUUUGGACCUCACGACUAUUCAUGAGAUGUAUCUCAAUCUCCCUAGUAUAAAGCGAUUAAGUUAUCUUCAGUACUUAGAUGCAUUCGAUACUUUCACGCCUCCUCACAUGUCCAUCAAGAGGCACGACAAAAUUACAGAUCAGUAUUUUAACUACGUGGCCGAACUAGCUAAAUACCUCGAAGAUUUUAUGAGGAGAACAAGACCACUGGAAGACUUAGAUAAAUUAUUUCUCAGUUUUGAUCGGGAUUUUAACACCGCGUGGGAAAAUGGGGAGGUUUCUGGUUGGAAACAGGAAAAAACGGGACCUAUCAGUAAACUCAACUCAAAGGUAGUCUGGUGCGCAGACUGUGAAAAGGAAUUUAAAAAUGAAAAUGUCUACAAGGCUCAUUUAAGUGGAAAAAAACAUACACGAGCUGCUGAUGCUAGAGCGCUCCUACGAACUGAAGAACGUGAAGAACAGGACGGCUCGGCAUUGCGAGCUCCAAGCACCCUACGCCUCAAAGAACGUGCAAUUGCUGAACGGGAAUAUCGGACGAAACGUUUGGCAGCAGCAAUGUCUCAGGAAAGGAGUGAUUCCAGAGUAAAUAUUGAACGAAAGCAGGGAAUGACCGAACGAGAACGCCAAAUGGAGCUUGAUGCUAUUUUUGCCGAUACAGCCCCAACGGCGGCUCAGGGAGGUGAUUCGGACAGCGACUCUGAUGGCGAUGAGAGAAUAUAUAAUCCACUUAAGCUUCCGCUUGCAUGGGACGGAAAACCUAUUCCUUUUUGGCUUUACAAGCUUCAUGGCUUAGGAGUAGAGUUCAAAUGCGAGAUAUGCGGCAACUAUGUAUACAUGGGCAGGCGAGCCUUCGACAAACAUUUCAACGAGACCCGACACAUAUACGGCCUAAAAUGCCUUGGAAUCACAAAUACCACUCUAUUCCGAGAAAUUACAGAUAUCGCUGAUGCAGUCAAAUUAUGGGACAAGAUUCAAAGAGACAAGCUUAAAGGAAAAAAAGACGAAGGCAGUAUUGUUCAAAUGGAAGAUGCAGAUGGAAACGUCAUGCCCGAAAAGGUUUACUACGAUUUACAAAAACAAGGCUUGCUAUAA